UGGCAUCCUUGUCCAUCACAUGAUGCCCGACUCGUCAGCUGCCGCCUGCUAAAAAUUUCAGUUAUUAUAUUCAUGGGCGUUUGUGCCUAACUCGGCCUGCGGAUUUGACCGAAAAUGGGCAACUGCUGUGACAGUUGCUGCGGCGACGACGCUAACUCUCAGUCGGGCGAAGUCACCGAGCGCAGUCGGCUUCUCGAAGACCCCGUGAGCAAUAAUACGAACAUCCAUAGGGUGCACAGUGACGAUUUUCUCGCCCGAUAUCCUAACUCGGUGCCAAAAAACUCGGAUGAGCAAUCGGCGCUGAACAGGAUCCUUCAGGAAACAGCAUCGAAUGUAAUUGAUGUAGCUGCUUUGGAUUCGCACACCUUGGAGCAACAUGAGUACCAGGACAGAGUGAGCCAUUACAACCAGCGCCUCAAUGGCCUGGCCGUGAUGCAAAGGUGGCGUUCACCUCCAACCAAAGUCUGUCUUCUUGCAGACCUUCCUGCACCUGAGAAGCUUCUCUCUACAGAAGGCAUUUUACCUAAUGAUAUGCAAAUGAUGAAUUACUUCAUGGACAAGGCAAGUGAAGCCAUGUGCAACAUCAAGGUGGAACACAAAGAGGACUUGGUGGUGCCGUUCCGUAUACCCUGAGGGGCUCUCUAAAGAGGCCUUUCUGUGAUAAACAAGAAUGCUGAACACUUGCUCGUGCCAUUCAAGGAACAAAUUUGUGAUUUCUAGCAAAUUUUUGUUCUCCUCUCUGCUGCACCAUGGAAGACUUUUUUUUUUUAUCAAAUUAUCAUUUUAAAUUUUGAUCACACUAUGCUGCUGCUUAUAUCAAUAAUAAUGUGUUCCUGUCAGAUGAGUUUGUUAUGUCCUCAUGUGAAGUGUUGUUUUGUUUAGGAAAUAUUAUUUGAUUGCUAUUUUCCUCUAGCUCCUUGUGUUUGUGAAAUGAAUAUUGCUUGUCUCCAAAUAAUUCUGGUAUUAUCGGCAUAAUUAAUUAUUUAAGUUUGAAAAUUGUGAAUGGGCCUCCAUUCUUUAUUUUUGUUACGAGGAUUACAAAAUUGAUAAGAUCUGCUAUCCCAAUUUAUAAAUUAGUGUAAUCCAAAUUGUAAAAUUAAAAAAAAAUAUAUAUAAGUAUAUAUUCAUAAAAUAGAAAUUAUGAAUUUUCAAUGAA